UUUGUUAAAUCCCUAUUCCGUUCAAUUGCUGCAGUUGUUUGGUUUAAAUUGAUAUUCCUUUGUCAGUUUUAGUCUAAAACUGCUACAUAGUUGGAUCAAACUAAAUAUAGUUGAUUGGUAUUUAACCGAGUAUGGUUUCUUUAUUACGUUGAGCCAAAAAUGGAAAUCAAGUUUUGUUGUAGAAUCCUGAAGCUGUUAUUGUUCACUAGCACUUAGGUUGUUAAUGCUUAAGCAAAUUUAACAUCUUCCAUAUUAAGUCUAUAUUAACAUUUAUACCCAGCAAUAUUGUAUACAUGUCAUUUUUCAUGCAUCUUUUUGUUUUGAUAUUGCUUAUAAUUGAAAUAAAAGAAAGAAGCUGAAAGAACAUAACAUGAAUUUUACGAAACUAAUUGUUAUGACAUCUCACGAGAUUCUCGUGUUGGACCAAGGUUGCCGUUAUCCUCUCCUACUUUAUUAAUUCUGCACUUCAUAACAAAACAUGAAAGUUCAUAGAAAAUUAAAAAGAGAAAAAAAAUUGCAGUGAAUUGAUUUUGUGGUGAGGUAUGAAAUGUCUAAUGUCUCGAACAUUCGUAUAGAAAGAAUAUAGAGGCUAAUACCACGAUCGCAGGCAGACAAGGCAAACUGCUACGCUUAGGAAUUUUAUGGAUUAACUUUUGCCAACACAGACCACUACCACCAACAACACCAUUCCCUUGGAUUUAAGAUCUUAGCUUCUCAUAAAAUAUGGCGGACAUUGGGGAAUUGAACCCCUCCUCUCUGACAAAACUUAUAGCUUCUCGUUAAAGUGAGAGCGUUUCAUUAUUUUUGUGAGAUAAUACAUUUUUCUUGGUAAAAUGAAAAAUUAGUAUUGACUUGCUUUCUUCAUAUAUAUGUAUAUAUAUGUGUAUAUAUAUAGAGAGAGAGUCGCUUAUUAUAAUCACGGAUUAUGUUAUCAAAGGUUAUUGUCAUCAAAAUGAAACUUUUCUAAAUACUUUAUUUAAUGUAAAGUUAUUCACUUACUGCUCUAGAGAUUGUUAUCAAAUUUUUCAGUUAAGCUGUUUUCGUUGACAUUUGUCAGAGACCAAACAAAGUUGUGAUAUUGAUAUUUAUUUAUAUUGUUUCCUAAUUAAAUAAAGUGAGCAUAGGCGACUAUUAAAACUUCAUCAUGAUGAAAGAGGUAAAUAAGAAACGUAAAGAUUUGUCUUUACAAGAAAAACUAAACAUAUUGGGGUGUUAUGAUAAGUUACCGAAAAUGAGCCAGCGCAGUGCUGCUGUUUACUUAAAUAUUUCUCAACCACUAUUGUGUAAGAUUUUAAAAAACAGAUCUAGUAUUGAGAAAUUAGCACUUUCUAAUGAGAACAUAGAUCGUAAGAGAGUACGGUCUGGCAAAGAUAGUCAAAUUGAGUCAGCAUUGAAAAUUUGGUUUGGCAAUGUUCGUGAAAAGAAUACAACAAUUAAUGGCCCGCUGAUGCGCCAAAAAGCAGAAGAGUUUGCAAAAGAAAUGGGUAAAACAAAUUUCACACCAACUGAAGGUUGGUUUAACAGAUGGAAAAGACGAGAGAAUAUUGUAUACAAACGUGUUCAUGGCGAGGGGAAAAGGGCUAACGUUUCAUCAGCUGAAAUGUGGAUUAAGACAGAAUGGCCAAAAAUUAUUGCUGAAUAUUCUCCGGAAGAUAUUUACAAUGCAGACGAAACAGGGAUUUAUGUUCGAGCAAUGCCGGAACAUACUUAUUCGUUAAAAAAUGAAAAUGCCAAAGGAUUUAAAUGUUCAAAAGAGCAAGUGACAGUUAUAUGUUGCGCUAAUAUGAAAGGGCAGAAACGAGAGCUUGCGGUUAUUGGAGAAAGUAAAAAUCCUGUGUGUUUUAAAGGUGUCAAAAGUUUACCUGUUCGUUACUGUUCAAAUGCUAAUGCUUGGAUGACUACAGAUAUUUUUAACAACUGGUUACUUAUGUGGGAUUUGGAAUUAAAGCGAAAAAUUGUAUUGUUAGUUGACAAUUGUUUGGCACAUAGAAAUAAUUUGUCAUUAAAGAACAUCAAAUUAAUUUUACUACCUUCAGAUACAACAUCAUUAAUUCAGCCAUGUGACCAAGGCAUCACACGGGCUUUAAAAGCUUAUUAUCGUAGAGAAAUUUGUACAAGAAUUUUACCUGAAAUUGAUGAUAGUCAAAGUCAGUCGGAUGUAAAUGCAAUCGCAAAACAGAUUUCCCUUCUUGAUGUAUUGCAUAUGCUAGCAAUGUCAUGGGACCAAGUAUCAGUGAAGACUAUUGAAAACUGUUUCAAAAAAAGUGGAUUUUGUAAAACAAACACAGAAACCCUUGUUAACAAUGAAUUAGAACUUAUUACAAACGAAAUUCUUGACAGAAACCCAGAUGAAAUGCAAAAAGAAGAGUUUGACUAUUGGUUGGCUAUCGAUGACAAAGUGGAAGUGGAGGCUACAAUGACAGUGUCAGAAAUAUGCCAGGCUGUUACUGAUACAUAUUCUAAAUUAGAAGAGAAUGAGCUGAAUCCUGAAGAAGAAAUUCCAGAAGUUCCAACAAAUGCUCAGAUGCGAGAAGCUCUAAAAAUACUUCGUCGUGGUGUGCAACAUCGAUCAGUAGAAUUUCAAAAGCAGUAUGAGUAUGAGCGGUUUGUUAAUGAACUACUAAAUGUAAACAGUAUGCACAAUCAACAAUGGUGUGUCUGGUAUUACUGAGGUGAUCAUUUCUCACACAAGUCACAUCAACAGAUCCAUGAAGAAUCAAAAAAAUUGAAGAACUGGUUUAAUAAAGAAGACAUCACAGUGGUUAUCUAAGUUAAUGAAACUUAGGGAAUAAAAAAACUUAGGGAAUAAAAAACUGAGGGAAUAAAAAUUAUCCCUUAAUAUAUUUGAAAAGAUUUAUUUAUACUUAAGACAUAACUACAAAUAUUUUCAAACAUUCAUUAUUUGAAGAGAAAAUAGACUAUUAUAAUCUGUAAGUUUUGAUCUCAUGAUCUUGUGCUCAAUAGUCUAGCACAUUAAUCACAGUGUCAUUUGCCUUAUAAAACAUUAUAUUUGUGUUCUAUGAACAACAAAUCACAUUAUGGAGGAGAGGCUGCAUGAGAAUCAGGUUUAUAAGGAAAUACAAUGGGGAAAUAAUGAAAUUUCCUUACCAAACUGAGGAAGAUGAAGAGAAGAAAUUAUAUGUCUGUGAUAUCAAGGGAAAGACAUUUAGAAAAUGUAAGGACAUCAGUGAACACAAAUCACUUCACACAAGUUCAAAUAUUUACUUUUGUAAAGUUUGCUGUAAAGAUUUCAUUAUAAAUGGUUCUUUGUCAGUGCACAAAUGUACUUACAUAAGAAGAAACCACACCAUUCUAUUAACUGCAGUAAGACAUACUCUUGGAGUGAUUAUUUGACAAGUCACAAACAUAUUCACACAGGUAAGAAAGCAUAAUGUAUUUGUGGUUAAACAUUUUCUUAUCGAAAAUCAACUCCUCACAAUAUUUACUCAAGUGAGAAAACUUGUCUGUGCUACGUGGUAAAACAUUCUUUCUUAAUAGUGAAUGUUCAUAGGUGUCAUACAGAUGAAAAAUUAUACCACUGUUUCUUAUUUAAAAAAAACUCUGGUUAAGAUCACUUGACAAGUCACAACAUACACGUACAGGUGAGAAACAAUAUCACUGAUAUCUGUGGUAUAAAAUUCUCUCAAUAAUACCUGACUGAUUGCAAAUGUACUCGUGCAAGGGAGAAACCAUACUACUGUGAUGUCUAUUAUGAAAUAUUCAUUUAUAGCAGUGAACUGAUUAUUCACAAACAUAAUCACACAGCUGAGAAACCAUAUCACUAUGAUAUAUGUGGAAAAAAUAUUCCUUCAGAAAUCUUAACUCCCCAUAUAAAUAUUGAUAUAGACAAGAAAAUGUAACUUUGUGAUAUCUUUUGGUUAUAGAUAUUCUGGUCCUCAUACAUGCGAGAAACCUUACCACUGUGAUAUCUAUAGAGAAAAGUUUUAGACAUAUCUGUAGUCUCACUCAUUUAUGUCAGGAACUGAACCAUUGUGAUGUCCAUGGUAAAACAUUCUCUUAUAUUAGGAAUAUAAACUAGUCACAAACAAAUCCCCUCAGAUAAGAAACCAAAACCUUGAAUUCUGUUGUCAAACAUUCUUUAAGAAUGCUUACCCAACUCAUAGACAUAUUCAUACAUUAAAUAAACCAAACCAUUGUGCUGUCUGUUAUUAAACAUUAUCUCAAAAUACUGAUUUAAUUGGUCACAAUUUACUCAAGAAACUGAAAACUGUUAUUACAAUAAUAUAUCAAGCUACAGUAGGAUGGUCAUGAUGAAAGUUCACUGGAGCUUCUGGUUUACUUCAGGAAAUGGAUGAAUGUUGUAUUUAUAGAGUUUCAUUGUGAAAUAUUACCAUUUUGUUUCAGAAUUGUUUCCCAUAUUUAUGAUUUUUUUAUAUAAAAAUUUUAAUUUACACCUUUAA